AAUCAUGAUACUGGAGACUUGCACACUCACAAUGAUGUUACAAUAAGUGGUUGCUGAGACCUUCCACAUGUAUUCGUCAGUAUAUGCUUGUGUGAGAACUGAUUCCCCACUACUACAUUCACUAAACUGUACGUGACAUUAUUAAUGUUCCUGUUUCUGAAAAAGGAUGUUCAGUAAUAUCAGGAAGCGUAUCUGUACUAUGAACUCAUUAUAGUACGAUGGACAAGGCGGCGUUUGGCUGCAUAGUAGCUGUCCUGACCAGGGUUUUCUUGCUGCAAGAAGCUGCCUCGAGCAAGAUCAGGAUAGAACCCGGUCAUGGGACCAACAGGGGGCGUCUUCAGGUGUUUAAUGAUGGAAUUUGGGGAACGGUCUGUAAUGACAACUUUGGAAACUUCGAUGCUAGGGUCGCCUGCAGGGCUCUAGGAAUUGACAGUAAGUAUGCUGUCCCUUGGAACUUUGGACCUGGUUCUGGGCCAAUACUACUGGAUGACCUCAGAUGUGAUGGCAGCGAGACGAGCUUUGAUGACUGCCUUCACAAUGGCUGGGGCAACCACGAAUGUGAACACAUUGAAGAUACUGGGGUCGUAUGCACAGACGAUGAGGUGAUCAUAACACCAACAAAUGUCCCCAUCACGGUGCCUGAAGGUGACCAAGUUAAUUUCACAUGUGUUGAACAUGGUAACAGGGGUUUACCAUCAGAGUACCUGUGGUCUAUCGGGACACGGACUAUGUCCAGACAAUCCAGCGUUAUACUGACUGCGGAGAGACACAUGUUCAACAAUGGCAACCUGAAGUGUACUGUGACGAGCGUUAUUGGGUCCAGGUUUGAGAGUGCAACAGUGAGCAUUGAUGUACAGUAUCCACCACCAGCUUUCAUAGAAACAUCUCUUAGUGUCAUCGAGGGCAACCACACAAGCAUUUGCGUUGAUGUUGUGGGUAAUCCUUCACCAACUCCUGCCAAGUGGAGGAAGAUGGGACUGACCUCACAGUGGCAUAAUUCUACCUGCAGUAUUCAUGAAGUGGACGAGUCGGAUUCCGGAGAUUACCUGGUGGUCAUGGAGAACACACUCGUUAACAAUGUAAUUAACAGCACGAAGACAGGAACUGGUGUUCAGGUGGUGAAUCUGAUGGUCAUGUAUGGACCCAAGCUUUCCUGCAAGGAAACUUACACCGUGUUUGAGAAUACAACGGCUCUGAUGAAAUGCCACGUCGAAGCUCACCCUCCUGCCACCAUCACCUGGAGCCGAGCAGGAAGCUCUGCUGCCCAACAGCACAGCGGGUGUCAGUACAGGAUCCCCACUGUGCAGUUGUCUCACCGUGGUGACUACAUCUGUACUGCGUCCAACACCCUGGCAGACUACAUGGGCAGAAGCCACAUUAAAACAGAUUCAUGCAGAAUACAGCUGAUUGUUAGAUCAUACGAAGAAUUAAAGAACCAAAGUCUGAUGAUAGACACAUCCUCAUCCUUAUGCUUUCCCAUUCACAAAGCCUACAUUGUAGGUGGCAGCCUUGGAGCUAUCAUUCUGGCUUUCAUGGUCCUCAGCCUUGUAAUGAUAAUCAGGCUACAGAAUCUAUCUACAGAAAGGAUAUCCACAAAGGAAGCUGAUGGCAAGACCACCCUGUCAGACGGCGCCUACUACCUACACGGCAUACACACUGAUCAGAACCUACUCUGUCUGUCGACCUACGCCAACCCUCAUGGCAACGUUGAAUAUCCAUACAUGGAUAUGAGUGGGAACGACCAAAGGUCUCACCCAAAUGAGACUGUAGAUGACCACAGGGAGAAGCCACACUACAGUGAAGUAGAAACACCCAUGGCAGCGUAUGACUAUGAAAAUGUACAGAACAGGGGUCUAUAUUGGAUUUAGUUGUAGACUUCAGAAGUGAUCCGAUCACCUCCCUGUUACGUGUAGGUUGCAGGUUCAGUCUGUACUCAGUGCUGAUGUGAGGCGUUAGUAUGAGAUGAGCACUGAACCUCUUGUUUAAUAUAAAUGGAAUGUACAUGUACAUGUAGAGCAGGUAUAUUUGGAUAGACUUAAGUUGUCUGAAGCUGAACAUUUGUCCGAAGAGUUUUACUUGCGGUUUAUAUUGGCGUUAAUUCUCAGCUAAGAGUAUUUACUUCCUGGAUGGGUGGUACAUCGAAAAAGCAACCCGUUUGAUUUGAUCACAAAUGUACUGUAAGCAAAAUAAAUGUACUUUUUUCAUUUGGAUUUAUUUAUAGUAUAUUGUAAAUUUCGUUGUGCAUCACAUAAGUUGAAAGUGCAGUAUAAGCAGUUAAAAGCAAAUGAUGAGCCCCAAAAGUGUUUGUGUACAAACUGUAAUACACGUUCUAUUGAUGAGUAGUUUCAUUUUCUCUUGGAAUGUCCUUAUUUUCAGUCGUGUAGAGAAAUGCUUUCGCCGCCCAAUUAUUAUACUAAUCCUUCCAUUGAUAAAUUCUCCCAGCUUCUGUCAUCGGCGUACCCUGCAGUUAUUAAAAGUGUAUCUAUAUUUCUAAAAGGAAACCUAUCCAAAUAAGCACUUUAUUGAUAUGUAUGUUUAGAAAGAACGCACUUUAUGCAUUUUGUAUAUGUAGUACUAUGUGGCCUAAAAUGCAAACAAACUUGUCAUUUGUCAGAACAGGAAAGGUGCUGCACUGUGGCACUGCUAAAUACAUAGACUCUUGCAAUCUACCCGCCGUGUAUGGUAACAGUUUGAGGUAUACUAAGUCUUAAUGUUAUUUCAGGUAACAGUAUCGUACGAACAGGUAUAAAGCUAGCAUUUAUCUUUUUGUAUUGGCUAAAUUCACGUUACAAGAUAUAGCCUGAUACAGCCACUCAGCUUGCCUAGGAUAUUUGCUUAGUUGACCCUUGCCUGAUCAGUUAAUCAUACCUCAUUAGAAACGUAUAAUAUACAGUCAAACCCCGUUUUCUCGAACCUAGCGAGACCAUGAUGUAACUUCGAGAUAUCUGAAUAUUCGAGAUAACAAGGCUUGAACAUCUAGACAGAUCAAGUAAGUAUAGACCCAAGGAAAUAUGAUAGAUCCUUCUCAAAACUGUGAAUGUGGUAAAGGUAAAAGAAUAUGGAGUAAAGUCCAGUGUUCGAGACAGCUCCAUGUACAGUAAACUACGGUUAUAACGAACACGCUUAUUGCGAACUAACGGAUAUAACGAACUAACUUUUUAGUCCCGACUAUAUGCUGUAGUUAUGCUGUAUAAUACGCUUAUAACGAAUUACGCUUAUAACGAACUAAAAUUAGUAGUCCCUUUGAGUUCGUUAUAACCGUAGUUUACUGUAUUUUAAUGUGUUUGUUCAUGUUUUUUAAUCCGAGAUAAGAGGACAAAUGUAAAUAGCGAGGCUGUGACCCCUUUCAGUUAUUACAAACCCACACUUAGAGGCUAUAUCAGAUAUCUCAAGCAAAUGAAGUGAGACACCAAAGUAACUAUUAACAAAUUAGAUCAAGUUAAGCCAACUAUCGGUUAGAAAUACUUGUGUUGUCAGUCCAGAUUUGAAGAGGUCAUUUACGACGACGUCGUGUUGGUGAUACUAGGUACACGCGCGAGCAUGUUUUGAAAGGUAGCCUAGUGGUUAAAGCGUUCGCUCGUCAUGCCGAAAACCCGGGUUCGAUUCCCGACAUGGGUACAAUGUGUGAAGCCCAUUUCUGGUGUCCCCCGCCGUGAUAUUGCUGGAAUAUUGCUAAAAACGGCGUAAAACCGUACUCACUCACUCACUCUGAUAUGCAUCCCUUGUGAUGAGAGAAAUAGUCCAGCACAUUUUAUGGACUUCUCCAUCACAAGGGUUUUCGUUUGUUGUUUAACGCCGCACUCAGCAAUAUUCCAGCUAUAUGACGGCGGUCUGUAAAUACUCAAGUCUGGACCAGACAAUCCAGUGAUUAAUAU